CUUUUAGAUGUCAUGUGUUUGCUGGCUCAGCACAAACUUCUAGCUAACGCAUAUACAUACACUGUACUUUGUGGCUAGAGCUAGCUAGCUAGAGAUGGCGACACCUCGUGCAGGAGAUAUCCCGAUGGACCUAAAAGCUGUCAAACCUUUCCUCAUUAUCCACAAGCAGUUGGAGAGAGAGCACCCUGUAGUGGCUUACUUUGUGCUCUUGUAUGCUGUCCAGGAGGGCAUUAAAGUGAGCAAAUCUCCAGAGGGAAAGACAUACUUGUUCAAAAGCAUGGACAAACUGGAUACGAUGAAGAACGAGCUAUUGUGUAAUCCUGAUUUGAAAGAGGAUAUGGGAAGUGAUAAUGUUAUUGGAGCUCAAGCGCGUAUUGAGAACUAUGCACUGGAUCUGUUUGACACAGCUGAUCAGGAGGACAGGGCAGCAAGGUUCACCAAGAAUUUGUCCAAACGCUUUUUCACUGCCAGUCAGAUCUUUAUGUCCCUCAAGCAAUUCGGAGACCUUUCUGAGGAGAUUGAGGGGAAGAUGAAGUAUGCUAAAUGGAAAGCUGUGGAGAUUGACAAGUGUCUCAAGAAUGGCAUCAUGCCCACUCCCGGUCCUCCUGGAGGCUUCAAAGAACAACAUGAUGAACCAGCUUCUCUGAAUGAGCCUACUGGUAACUAUGGCAACCAGCCAGGAUCGUCUAGUGAUGUUCCAAUAGGAUUUGAUCUUCCUCCAGUCCCCCAACUGCAACCCCCCCAAGUGCAGGCACCUUCCCCAAAAUGGCCACAGGAAUCCCCCCAAGUGCAGGCACCUCCCCAGAACUGGCCGCAGGAACCCCCCCAACCUCUACCUCCUCAGGUGUGGUCACAGCAACCCCCCCAGAACUGGCCACAGCAACCCCCACAACCUCAACCCCACCAGAUACGGCCUCAGCUACCCCCUGAAGUGAAACCAGUUCCCAGGCCUCGUGGUCAGCCAGAGGUGGCAAGUACUAGUGUUGCCCGUGUGGUGGUAGGAGCUGGAGAGACAACCAAGGCUCAGAAGUAUUGCAAGUUUGCCUCGAGUGCCAUUGAUUACGAUGAUGUUGAAGGAGCAAUUGAUUAUCUCUCUAAAGCUUUGAAUCUGCUAAAAACUGGCAAAGAAAAUUGACUGUAUUAUUGACUGUAUUAUUAUUAUAAGACUCUCACUUCAUGUUUACACAAACUAUUGUUAUCAAUAACGAUGUCAUAUAAAGUGUUUCUAAUAGUUCAUUGUUCUAUAAAAAGUUC